AUGGAAAUCCAAAAAGAUACUGCCAGUAUUUCAGUUCAUAGCGAAAUGAUACACGAACAAAAUGAAAAGGAAUCUGUACAUGAUCCGAGUGAACCAGUUGAGGAUAAAUCUGCACUACUUUCUUUUGAAAGACUUGUUACAGUGUUUAUAGAACUCUCACUGGCAAUUUUUCUUGGAUGUCUUGAUAUUACAAUAGUUGCUACUGCAUUGCCAAAGAUCGCUUCGGAUUUUAAUGCAUUAUCAGAUAUAGCAUGGGUUGUAACUUCAUAUUUGCUUACUUCGACCGCAUUUCAACCAUUUUACGGGAAAUUUUCUGAUAUUUUUGGACGAAAAACUACAUUUAUUUUUGCUCUUGGUGUGUUUGAACUUGGUUCACUGCUUUGUGGUAUUUCGCAAAAUAUGUCGAUGAUGAUUAUCAGUCGCACAGUAUCUGGACUUGGCGGUGGCGGCAUAAUUUCAUUAUGUUUGAUUAUUAUCGCUGAUAUUGUACUCUUACGUGAGCGAGGAAAGUAUUUGGGUAUAAUCGGUGGCAUUUAUGGACUGGCAUCAGUAGUUGGUCCUUUAGUGGGUGGUGCAUUUACAGAUCAUUUGACUUGGCGUUGA